AUGACCUCCCUCUUCUUCUCCACUCCCGUCGACAUCGAUGUGGUCCUCGAAGACAGCGAUGAGCGUCAGACGGUCGAUGUCAAGCUCGACAAGGGCCGUCGCGAGAGGGUCCCCCUCUACAUGGACGGAGAGUCUGUCAAGGGUGCUGUGACGGUCAGACCUAAGGAUGGAAAGCGUUUGGAACACACGGGCAUCAAAGUGCAAUUCAUUGGCACGAUCGAAAUGUUCUACGACCGCGGUAACCAUUACGAAUUCCUGUCGCUGGUACAGGAGCUUGCGGCUCCCGGAGAACUGCAGCACCCCCAGACCUUCCCGUUCAACUUCAAAAAUAUCGAGAAGCAAUACGAAUCAUACAACGGUAUCAAUGUUAAGCUACGAUACUUCGUCCGCGUGACAGUAUCCAGGCGCAUGGCGGACGUGAUUCGAGAGAAGGACCUCUGGGUCUACUCCUACCGCAUGCCCCCCGAGACCAACAGCCCCAUCAAGAUGGACGUCGGUAUCGAAGACUGCCUGCACAUUGAGUUUGAAUACUCCAAAUCCAAGUACCACCUCAAGGAUGUCAUCGUAGGACGCAUCUACUUCCUGCUCGUGCGCUUGAAGAUCAAACACAUGGAGCUAUCCAUCAUCCGUCGUGAGACGACCGGAUCUCCGCCAAACCAGUAUAACGAGAGCGAGACGCUCGUGCGCUUCGAGAUCAUGGAUGGAUCACCUUCCCGAGGUGAAACCAUCCCCAUCCGUCUAUUCCUUGGAGGAUUCGACCUUACCCCGACAUUCCGCGACGUGAACAAGAAGUAUUCGACGCGCUACUACCUCAGCCUGGUACUUAUCGACGAAGACGCUCGCCGUUACUUCAAGCAAUCCGAAAUCGUCCUCUACCGUCAAGCUCCCGAGAUCGCCAUCACUCCUCAAAUCGCCCAGCAGCAACAGAUCCAACAACAGCAGCUCCUCCAACAGCAGCAGCAACAGCAACAGCUGCCCGCCGGUUCUGCGACGGCCGGCCCCGGACGAACUGACACCCAGCCUCAGUUCACUCAGCAAAUCCCCGCGGCUUAA